AUGUUUUCUAAAACAUCCUAUGCUCGAUCACAUAUAACAGGCAGCGUGGCCGAGCGGUCUAAGGCGCUGGUUUUAGGCACCAGUCCGAAAGGGCUUGCUACAUACUGCAAACCUGGCUCAUUAUUUCGAGUAGAUUGCGACAUAUGUCGGUGUAGCAAAAGUGGUUACGAAUAUUCCAAAAAAAUAAACAAAAAUCUUUUGAUUUAUUAUUUCCAAUUUCAGAAUUUAAAACGGCCUUCUAUGAUACCCAGAGAAAACCAAAACGAUAUUGACAACUUUGACGAUUACUACGAUUUGGAUAGAAAACAAAAAACGUAUGAAAAAUUGAAUGAUAAUACAGAAUAUGUGGAUAAUGGAGAAUUAAGUUUGGAAAACAAUUUUAGGAGAGUUUGGCAAUACAAUAAACCUCGUGUUACAUGGUAGAUUUUUAAGGUUGUCUUAUAUUUGGAUUUUAUUAUUUUUUGUUUUAUACUUUUUCAAUAAAGUAGUAAUUUAAU